AUGCAAAGUAGUAGCAAGGUGCUAAGCCUCGCCGAUAAUUCGAACAAUAACCCUUUCAAUGCUUUGAACUUCCCUCAGGAUGGGCAACCUGCAAUUGACCUGACAACCCCGUGCAAAUAUCCGGCCGAUGCCCCCAACAUUCCGCCUCCCGAAGAUGAUGUGACAGUCAUCUCUCUUGCAACGGUCUCAUCGAAACCGAAACGGAAAAGGGGCGCCAAAGUGCUUGAGAAGAAGGCCAAUCAACCUCCACCCAAGCUCUCUAAGAUCACGAAGGUCACGAAGGCAGAAGAAACCGAAGCUGAUCAGCCGUGGAAGAAAUACUUGAAAGAAGCCAGCGAAGGUCAGGCAAAGAAGGGGAAAGGCUCGAAGGCAAAGUUAGGUGCGAAAGCUGGCGAAAUCAGCAGUCGCCACUUUACGAAAUCAAAAGGAAAGGCCAAAGAAGUCAGUACUCCAGCAAAGGGUGAAGGAAAUGCCGAUGAGCCGUUGGAAUUGGAGACAGCUAUAAAACGGCGUAUGGACUGGACGCCACCGCCUGAGGACACCGUCGUUGGAUCUAAGUCAUCGCAAGUUAUCGAUUUGCUUUCAUCGACAGCGAAGGCAGACAACCUAGCCGUAUCUAAGGCCAGCUUUGAGAACUUGAACAGGGACUUUGGCCGGCCCGUUGAUGACCAAAUUGUGCGACCUGUUGAAUCGGCCAAUGGCAGCCAUCAGAUUUUGCGGAAAAGAAAGCUGAUAGAGACGGUGUCCAUCAACGACUCGACAGAUGCUGCACAUACUGAGCGGGUGGUUCCUAAACCAAAGGCACCCAAGAAGAAGCCACGAACCAUCACGGAGCUAGCAACGGCUGCCUACGUGGUUCCAGACGUGAAUGAAGAGCAACAGCCUGGGCCCCCACUUGAGAGCGUCGGAGGCGAUGGUGAAGCGGCAAAGGGUAAGGGGAAGAAGCGACCAUCGAGGGCAAAAAAGCCGAAAAAGGUGCCACCCCCAGAACCAGUUCUAUUAUCCCCGACAACAGCUUUAAGACAAGCUGCAAAUCAAGACUACGUCUUCGGAACAUCUAGCCAGUUGGCACGAGAGCAUUCGCCAACAUUUCUUAGAGAUCUUCAAUCCGCAUUGCAAGCCUCCAACAGACCAGCAAUGGAAGAUAAUGCAUUUGAAACACCUAUCAACAGCGACGCUAUUGAUCCAGAACCUCAGCAGAAGCUUUGGAACGUUGGCGCAAGGGAUGAAGAUGGCAGAGUUCUAGAUCUUGAAAUCAUUGACUUGGCGGAGACACCGGGACCAGCUGCAAGCCUUUCAGAGGGUCCUAAUCCAUUUGGUUAUGCAGCUCCCGAAAAGCAUCAACUGUUAUUUCCUGACCAUUUCCCGUCCGAAGACUCGUUCCCGGAUAUCGACGACCUGCUGAGUAAAUGCACAACCAGCGAGUUGCCCGUGGGCCAAACAGAGGCCCCGCAGCCUUUGACAGAACAACCUGCACUCGCCAACGCUCCCCAACCAGCGGAAAGGCAGGAAAAUUCUCCUAGCGAAAGCGCAACAUUGGACAGAAAUGUGGUUGACAUCAUCGACGAUAUGAAAUGUCACCCACCGUCUCAUCUGCCCUCAGGGACUGGAGUAGGAAUGGAAGAGGCUGUGACCAGCUCAAAGUCCGACCCAGAACCCAGUAAACCCAAUUUUGAAUUGUAUACUGACGUUCAGCUUGCGCGGGAGAUCUCCUCCUACGGUUUCAAGCCGGUCAAGCGGCGGACGGCUAUGCUCGCCCUGUUAGACCAGUGCUGGGCAAGCAGGCAAAGAGCGGCGCUUUCAUCACUCCCUACGAACCACUCGAUCUCGACAUCUUCUGAGACAUCGGCAGCUACCAAGCAGCUGAGAGCCGCAUCAGUUGUGUCACCCAAGCGCCCGCGGGGUCGCCCAAGAAAGAAUAGUAAUACGGAGCUGUCGUCCAGUGAGCCGCCGCCGUCAGCUCAGCCUCCGCCGCCAUCGCCCAAACGGCCACGGGGACGGCCGAAGAAAACCGUUGAGCCGACACAAACCACUGGCGCCGCAGAACGCAAGAAAAGCAAAUCAAAGUCUGGUGCAGAUACAUGUUCCAUUCCAGAGAUGGGAUCGGCGGCGGUGUCCCCUCGCGGGAGGAAGCCCAAGAUGCAAGAAGUUAUAGAGAUUCCAGAUUCGGCGUCGGAAGGCUCUCUUUCCCCGUCUCCCUACUCGUCACCUGAACCUACCUUUUCACCACCUCCUGUGGAUGUGUCUGUCUCAGCUGGUGAAGACACUGAGCUGUCGCUUGCCGCGUCACCAAAAAGCCAGCAAUCAUCGGUUUUGUUCGUAUCCAUUACGGAGGCGGUCACGACAGCACCGCCAACGACGGACCCGAAGCAGCCUACCUUCCAUGAGAUGAUGUUGAUGUAUGACCCAAUUGUCCUUGAAGAUCUCGCCACAUGGUUAAACACUGGCCAACUAUCCAGAGUCGGAUACGAUGGCGAGGUCUCCCCGACGGAGGUAAAGCAGUGCCCAAUCCCACGCUUCAACGGCCUCUCGGUAGCAAUCAUGUCACAAAAGCGAUCAGCAUCUUCAUCAAAGGAUAAGAAAGAAGUCCAAGUGCCGCGGCCAAGCUCAAGUAUCCUGCUCCUCUCGCCGACGAACCAGGUAUUACUGCUUCACCGGGUAAAGACAUCCACGUCUUUCGCAUCGGCCCACGUCUUUCCUGGGGGGAAUCUGGACCCAUUUCAUGAUGGGGACAUUCCGCCCAGUGAAGUGAAGGAGAGGCAUGAAGAUGGCCCUGCGUAUCGCCUCGGCGCGAUACGGGAAUGCUUCGAGGAAACGGGCAUCCUCCUCGCCACGAAGAAGGACUCCGGUGACGCAUAUACUCUUGUAAAUGUGCCAUCAGCAGACAGAGAUGCAGCCCGUAAGAAGAUUCACGGGAAUCAAACUCGCUUCAGCGAAUGGGUCGAGAGCGUCGGCGGUGUCCCAGACGUGGAUCGUUUGGUACCCUUUACAAGAUGGGUAACACCGACAAACGUGCCGAAACGCUUCACAACGCAGAUGUACAUUUAUAUGCUUCCACAUUCUGCCUCGACAGGCGUUGAAGCGACAGAGCAUGAGAUCAUCGUGCCAACGCCUGACGGAGGUGUAGAGCACACGGCCGCGAAGUUUGACGACGCUUCCGUGUGGUUAUCCCGUGCCGACAAGGGUGAAAUCAUUCUCUUUCCGCCGCAGUAUUUUCUCCUCUACCUCGUCUCGCAGUUUUGUAAGGGCGCACCGCCCGAGGCGGGCAUGGAUCAUUUUGCGGCGCAAAGAAAGCUGCUGCAGCAGUUUCUUGACAAGAUUCCGACGGCAGAUUCGGAGGCGGCGAGAAAGCAGCCUAAGUCGAGAAUACCUUGGUCUGAUAAAGUCAUGAGCCCGCACAACUUGUUCAUUCGCGAAGAGGACAAUCGAAUUGUUCUAGGGAUUGACAAGCCAGGUCCCGAGUUGAAGGAUUCUGGGCGCGGAGGAGAUUGGGAGAGAGUCGUGUUGGUAAAAUUCACGAAGGACGGACCGCGGAAGGUCGAGAUUCGGAGGAGAGAGGAAGUGUUGAACGAGGAGAAAGAGGCGAAGAGGGCAAAGGAAGAGGCGGAGAAGAGCGGCAAGUCUAAGAUUUGA